GUGCUAAGCCAGCUGUACGUGGUGGUGCUGGGCCUGGAUGUGCUGGGCAAUCCCUUGUCAUUUGUGCUGGGCCUGACACGAGGCAUGGGCGACCUGUUCUAUGAGCCUAUACAGGGGGCAGUGGAGGGCCCAGGGGAGUUCGCCGAGGGCCUGGUGCUGGGGGCCCGCAGCUUCGUGGGCAAGACCGUGGGGGGCCUCGCGGGGGUCGCUUCCCGCAUCACCGGGACCAUCGGCAAGGGCGUGGCCUCCCUGACGCUGGACGCGGACUACCAGCGCCGCCGUCGGGAGCAACAACUGCAGCGGCCCGCGGACGGUCUGGAGACCGUGGCCCGCGGGGUGCGGGGUCUGGGCACG